AUGCCGAAGACGACAAGGAGAACUACUACAACUACCACUACUACCACCACAACAAGGCCAUCAACGACGAAAACCACUGCUCAUCCAAACGGCAUUGAACAGGAAUUUCCGCUUCCAACUGAAAUGGAGACAGAGUUUGGUAUGAGUUUUGAUGAGACCAGAAGAAAAUUGGAUGAGGAGAUGCGACAAGAAGACGAGAGAUUGCAGCAACUGCUGGCUGACGAGGAAGCGGAAAUGAACAGAGACGAGGAAGAAGAUGCACAACAACGAGAAGAAGAGAUCCGAAAAGAACGAGAACGAAAUCGUAUGGAAAGGUGA